UAUUUUUCCUCCAAUGCUUGAGCUUGGUGCGAUCUAUUUUUCAGAUAAACACCAGGUGCUGAUGCUUCAGUCUAAAAUUCUUUUGGUAAUUUCGCUUCAAACAGCAUGCUUUUUGCUCUCUCGUCAUUGUUAUGUUCGUUCGUUCAAAGUAUAGUUAAUUUAAUAUGUUUAAUAUAAAUUUUUGAUUUUUCUAAUUUAGCAUUCACUUAUUCGCCGCCGUUAUCAGUUCUGAAUGUUUUUAUUUUCUUGCCGGUUUGUUUUUCAACGACGUUGCAUGUCCUUUGAAAUAUUUUCUUUGUUGAUUUCGAGUUCGAGCGUUUAGCUAUAUUAAUUUAGACUGUAGCUUUGCUGAAAUUCAGUCUAUUUAAGGACAGUUUCAAGAAAGUGUCGAUCGCUGAAUUUUUUCUACGUGCCUUUUUGGAAAACGGCUAUUAAGUAAGCACGUGCAGCGCAGAAUUUAAAUCCGAUCAACUUGCAUUUGUUAUUGCUGUUUAAUCGUUUCCUAGCAAACAGUUAAGCUCAAUUCGUUUUUCAACUAUGGGUGAAUUCAUAGUAGAUACUGAUGGAUAUACAGUUGUUUAUACAGCGUGUUUUUCAAAUGAUGCAAAUGCAGGAAUUGGAGUUUGGUUCGGUGAAGGAAAUCUUUAUAAUAUAUCACAGGGAAUGAUAAAAGAAGCCAUAGACAAUUAUGCUGAAAUACAAGCAAUCACUUAUGCAGCAAAACACGCAAAUAAAGCUCGUAUUCGACGUCUCAAAAUUUUUACUGAUUCGGAAUUUGUAAUAGAUUGUGCCACAAAAUGGAUAUAUACCUGGAAGAAGAAUGGUUGGAAAACCCAAGAUGGAAGAAAUGUCAUAAAUAAAUCAGAACUUCAGACAAUGGAAAUCGAAUUGAAACCUAUGAAUAUUAAAUUUGUUCAUGUCAACAGUCAUCAAGGAAACUAUGGUAAUCAGGAAGCUUAUCGAUUAGCUCGUGCAGGUUGUGAAAAGUAUAAGCCAGAAUAUUCUUCUGAUUCUUCAUCGAGUGAUGACUGACAUAUGUAGUGUAGAUAAGAGUUUGAUUUUAAAAAGUUAAUCUAGAUUAUGUACAACUUUUAAUAUGUUUAACAUGUUUAUUUAUAUUUACUACAAAAAUGUAAAAAUA